CUCUCACCCACAAUAACAGAACGGGUUUGUGUGCUAACUUCACUCUCCUAUAAGGGUUGGGAACACCUGCUGCUGCUCCGUUAGUUCAGAGGAGAAGGCAGGUUGCUCGCUUUUGACUCUGGGUGAAGGAACAGGCAGAGAUGGCUGCAACUACCGCUCAGCCAAUGGGGAGCCUGCCCAGCGGACUGGGGAUAUGCACCACGGCCCCGGAUAUAUUUUACCUGCCUGAACUGGUGUUUGGUGGUUUGGUGUGGAUCCUGGUGGCAUCGACACACGUGGACCCACCAAACCCUCUGGGCUGGGUGAUGUUUGUCUCUGUCUUCUGCUUCGUCAUGACCUUCCUAUGGAUGAUCAUCUUCGCUGCUGGGGGUCAUAAGAACAGCUCAGGCUGGGCUGCCGCUGACUUUGCUUACCAUGGCCUGGCAGCAUUCUUCUACCUCAGUGCAGGUGUGGAUCUGGCUUUCAUCACUAUUGGCAAAAAAGGGCAAGAGUUUAGAAUCUACCAGAUUGACAUCGCUGCUGUGGUGUUUGCCUUCUUGGCCAUACUCCUCUACUUCAUCCACACCAUCCUCUCCGCCAUCCGAUGGAAGUCCUUCUAAAGAGCGAUGCUGAUUCACAAACCUGUGUGUCCAAGAAAUGCUGUUCCCCCUGUGUGUGUGUGUGUAUUGGGCGGGAUUACUCACAAGUCACAUCAACCUGCUAAGAUUCAUAAUGAAGGCUUUCAGCCCUAUUUUGGGACAUUUAAUAAUAUAUAGCAAAGGUUGAGAAGGAUGGGGAUAUGUGAAGAAGAACCAUUAAAAAACAUUUUAGUGAACAAAUGAAGAGCUGUACCCUAGAAAUGUCAUCUUGUAUGUUCCUGUGAAAGCAAAUGAAGUUAAUUUUGAGCCAAUGGUCAUGCAAAUUACAGAUACUAUGGGGCUUCAAAAAGUUUGUGGAAAAAGUACAGAGUUAAAAAUCAUUUUGAUCUCAAUGCAUCUGUACGUUUUCGUACUAACGUGUCAUAAUAUGUUCUAAAAAUGAACCCUUAAAUAUAUGUUGCAAUGGAAAAAUAAACAUAAUAACUUAAACUGUUGUUUCCAACAAACUUUUUGAAGCCCCCUCGUAUGUGAUCUUGUUUUUUUAAAUCUACGUUGAGCCUUAAAAAAUAUUUUUACUGGAUUUAUACAAUGAUCAUACAAAAAUAAAUGCAACAGACUGAAUGUAUUUUGAAAAAAAAAAAUCAAAAAACAAACAAAAAAUGACAAUAUGUGUGCAUAACAUGCUGAUGUUGGUGGAAUUAGAAAAAGCUGAUUAAAGCAUGGUUGAUGGUCUUUAAUGAAGAAAAUGUUGGAAGCUCAGGUGGAUGGAGAAUACAAAAUAAAACUGAAGAGGAAGUUGUUUCCAUAGUCAGUGACCAUGCAGCGUAAUGAAGUUAAAUGAAUAGUUCAAUGUUUUGGAUAUACAUUUAUUUGAUUUCUUGCAGAGAGUUGGUUGGGAAGACUGAUACCACUCUCAUGUCUGUAUAAAAAAUAUGAAGCUACAACUAGCAGCUGGUUGGCUUAGCUUAGCACGGAGACUGAAAGCAGGGGGAAAUGGCUAGCUUGGGUUUGUCCAAAAGUAACAAAAUCCACCCUUUGGCCAGUAACAUAAUUUUCCUACUGCAGUUCCUAAUGUAAUGUGUUUUUUCUUUUUUAAAGAAAAAACAAAAAACAUUGUCAAACCCACAGUUACAGAAAGUGUUGGUUCAAUAAAUGGACAGAUGUGAGAGUGGUAUCAUUCAUCAGUCAUCUAAUUCUCAACAAGACAGCAAAAGUAUACCAAAAUUCUGAACUAUUUACUUACAGAACAGUUGAGGGAAACUAUUUGCAUUAGUAACUAAAGACAAGAAAAUAGAAAAUUUAGGUGAACUGAAACCUACAAUAACAUUUUGCUAGCUUUAUUACACAGUAUAUCCAUCAGAACCAUCUCCCUUUACCCGCAGUAUCUUUAAAGACAUUCUCUCUAACAGAACAAAACAAAUCACAUGUCUAAGAGACCUUUGUUUCUCUACAGUGAUUCUAAAGAGUUUGUAGAAAAAUACUUCUCAAAUCUCAUUUUUUUUUUGGUUUUGUUGUUGCAUUUUUCUUUGUGAUAUAGAAUUAAUACAAGCUAAUCAUCAGUACUUUAAGGAUGGUGAAGUGUAUUUUUUAGGUAUGAGACCUCUGGUUGAAAUUUGUAUUGAUGAAUAAACAAAGUUUUGUAUUCUUUAGAUUAAAACAAGUAGAGAUGUAAA